GUCAAAUAAAACUUUGAUCAUGAUUGAAUUCUUUGAAUGUGAGUAGAUGCGUUUGAUGGUUUCCUGGAGGGAAGUGGAGGCAAUUUCAAGGCUGACAUUUGCGAAGAUACCAAGGGAUUACUAAGCUUAUAUGAAGCAUCCUUUCUAUCCAUGGAAGGUGAAGCCACGUUGGACUUGGCCAGAGACUUCUCCACCAAACAUCUCAAACAGGCGGCCGCCGGCUUCAGAACCGCCGACCCAAACCUUUUGGCGGCCGUUCAACGGGCGCUGGAAAUGCCUUUGCAUUGGAGGGUGCCGAGGCUGGAGGCCAGCAGUAACAUUCACUUGUACCAAGCAAAACCGAACCAUAAUCCUCUCUUUUUGGAAUUCGCUAAACUGGACUUCAACCUCUUUCAAACUCUGCACCAACAUGAAUUGAAAUCCGUGUCAAGGUGGUGGAAGAGUUCAUAUAUUGUAGAAAGAUUGAAUUUUGUGAGAGAUAGAGUAGUAGAAAAUUUCUUUUGGACGGUAGGAAUAUUUAACUCCCCCAGGUAUUCAAACGCCAGAAGAGUUGAGGCAAAGCUUAAUUGUCUCCUUUGCACAAUUGAUGAUAUAUACGAUGUUUAUGGGACUUUGGAUGAACUGCAAGUCUUCACGGAUGUCAUUCAAAGAUGGAGUGAUACAGCAAACAUUGGGCAUCUUCCCGAGUACAUGAAGCUUAGUUAUUUUGCAGUCCACAACUUUGUUAAUGAAGUGGCGUAUGACGUUUGUAAAGAACAAGGCAUUCUUGUAUCCCGC